CGAAAUUGAGCUCACCGGGAAGUGCAGCUGUAUUAUAAAAACGUUCACAGACCUCCUCACCGGUGACUAGACGUAUGGCAUGCGCCACCUCCACAGACCGACGCUCGCGACGAUGGCAAACAUCCAUCGCCCGAGAAGGUUCCGGUGGACAAGAGUUUACGAGUACAGCGGGGUGGUUGACUUCAUAUCCCGUGCAAUAUUCUAAACCAUAUAUAUUCAACCUCGCUGGUUGAGCCUAUGCUGCACACUUCUGAAGAAGAAGCCUCCAGUCUAAUCCUUACGUCCAGAGCAAAACCCUGUGAAAGCAUUGCACACGAUUCAGGCAUCGUCGUCACCUUCGUUAGCUCGAGGCUCGAGCCGACUACGCCAAGUGCCAACAGUGAGAAGGAUGAAUGAAUGGAAAGCUGCAGAUCGAACGGCUCACCGCAUCGCCCAGCAUUAGAAAUAAUAAAAUCCGCAUGUUGAGCAGAGGAGCGGAGAUUGGCGAGACGAGGUACGUGGUCCAGCGAGCGAUGCGGCAACCAUGCAAAGGGCGACAGACGGAGCGGUGAUGCAAAGGCGGCGGUUGGCGAGCUUCCGUGCGAGGAAGGAGGGAGGGCAGUGCAGAUUGUCGAGGAGAGGACCCGUCCGAACGUGAACCAGAAUCUGGGGGAGAGAAACGGAGAGACUUGGUCAUUGCUGAACGGACCCGCUCAGAAUUAGGACAAGGAUUUCUUCUGAGGCCCUGCCGGAGAAGAGUGCGAGAUCGGGAUCGUCCUGUAGUGAGGUCAUGGUUCGCGGGAUUCGGACAACGAGGAACGAACGAGGUGAGAGAGAUCGUGGCGAAAUGGGGCCUAAUAAUGACGGCGGCGAUGCAGGAGCCGAGACGAGCCGAGUUGAGGAUUUGCAGCAGCAGCAACAGCGCCCAUCACUACGGAAGACCCGGACUCGCUGAGGAUCGUCAGCCGCGCGCGUCCCCACCUGCUUCCUCUUCUCGCGGGGUGCACAUGCCACCUUUCGAAGGCGGACAUUAAUUUUUGGUUGCGGUUCACCAGCCUGUUGCAGCCAGAUCGUUUAAGCUCCAGGCUCAGUCGCGAGCCCCUGCAGACAGCAACUCAGCAUGUAGCUGUAGCCCUGGCCGCAUUCCUGUGCACGAAUUGGACUGUUGUGCGGAGCGAAUGCUCGCACAUUCGACCUCGAUCGACAUCAGGCUGAGAGCAUUUGCGUCGAAACCAUAAAUGUUCUAGUUUCGAUCGGCACGGAGGGAGUCGACCGAUCGUCCGACCCACCGCCCUGGGGGAGCACGAGAGUUCCUCUGCCGGUGUGGACAUGCGAGUCGUCUGGUCCACGGGCUUGUAGAACGGACCGAGGCGCGAUGUCAGACGGCGAACUGGCUCGUGAACUGAAGCAGCAAUGAGUCACAGUAGCUGAGCUGAAAUGCAAAACAUGGCGUCGGCGGCUGGUCUGAGGAGUUCCCGAGCGGUGUCGGAGUCUUUUAGUCCUGCACAUCCCGGGAGCUCGAGAGUAGGAGUAGGAGGAGGCCCAGGGGAAGACGGGGGAUUAUUUGGCAAUGGGGAUUCGACAGUCGCAGGAGCUGCGGGGCCGCGAGGGAGGCCGAUGCAGCAGUCGAUAAAACCGAGGCCCGCCACGACCCGGCAGUGCGUGGUCGGGGCUGUGACAAUCACCAGCUUCGCAAUUCUGGUGGCUCGUCUGGCCUUCUCGUUCAUCGUUCUCGACGACACCGUGGUCGAUGAAUUGGGGCAUCUGCAGUAUGAAUCUCUCGGCAGCAGAUUGACUCUACAUGAAAAGGGAACCAAUGACUCGAGUUCUAUCGCUCUGGCCACUACUCACGGCUCUUGGAAUCCCAAAUUCUUGCAGUCUGGAGCUCGACCCACUCGUCGCAGUCGCACUAAACCCCGCAUCUUUGCGAGAAAGGCUCCUCGAAGCCUCAGCGGCUCCAGUAACUGCAUCAAAGAUGGGGGAAUUGAGGAUGCUCUGGGAAUAGUGAGCCAGGCGUACUUGAGUCCUCAGUUGUUCUAUGAGGACUUCAGGGAGAUGGCAUGCAAAUUCAAGAUUUUUGUAUAUCCACAAACUCGCAAGGACCAGUACCAGAACAUUUUCCUGCCGUAUGAGGAGAUGCCGACAGGAAAUUAUGCCAGCGAGCAUUAUUUCAAAAUGGCCCUCAUGAACAGCAGUUUCGUCACCACGGAUCCUUCCAAGGCCGAUCUCUUCUUCAUGCCUUUUUCCAUAGCCAGGAUGAGAACCCAUCCGAAAAUUGGAGUGAGCGGUAUCAAGCCCUUCGUCAGGGAGUACGUGGAAGGCAUCAGCCGGAAGUACCCCUACUGGAACAGAACCAGUGGGGCUGAUCAUUUCUACGUCAACUGUCACUCGAUAGGCCGAGGGGCCACUGACGAAGCUCCGUACAUCCGGUACAAUGCCAUUCAGGUGGUCUGCUCCUCGAGCUACUAUCUGCAGAACUACUUUCCUCACAAGGAUGCCACGGUUCCUCAGAUUUGGCCCAGAUCCGGGUUCCCGAAAAAGGCAGCGUCCAUCAAGCAAAGAAAGACUCUGGCCUUCUUUGCAGGAGCGGCCAAUUCGCCUCUCAGAGCAGAGGUUGCCAAGCAUUGGAAUAACGACUCCGAGAUCAGAGUGUACACGCAACGCAUCGACACUCCCUAUUCCGAAGCUCUGUUGAGCAGCAAGUUCUGCCUGCAUGUGAAAGGGUUCGAAGUGAAUACGGCGCGGCUGGGAGAUGCCAUGCACUACGGAUGCGUGCCAAUCAUCAUAGCGCCGUACCAUGAUCUGCCUUACAACGAUGUGCUCGAUUGGAAACAGUUCGCCGUGGUGGUCUCGAAUCUCGACAUCCCGAACCUCAAGAAGAUACUGAAGAAGAUCAAGCCCCUGGAGUACGCCCAGAUGCAGAGCAACGUGAUGCAAGUGAGAAAACACUUCGAGUGGCAUGUUCCCGCCCAACCGUUCGACGCAUUCUACAUGGUCAUGUACGAGCUCUGGUUACGACGGCAUCUCGUCAGAUUCUCAUUAGAUGACUGGGCAAACAAACUCUGAUUCAGAAGCUUAGACUCUUCGAUCGUAGAUACAUACUGUAUACAUUCUUUUCCCAAUGAUUUCUGGGAUUACCUAGUUAGUCUUCAAGACCGGUCGUGGCAUCAUGAGGCUUCCCCGACUGAUGCUACCGAGUCUCAAGAGAAUCGAGCUGGGCUAUGGAAACCAAAGCCAAUGAGGAGGUGGAGAAGGAAGAGUCCUUGUACAAACAGCUGGAAGACCUUUUUUCUUUGAGAAGACGAUAUAGAAGAUUGAGCAUGACAGUGCAGUACGCUCCAAUGCGGAGCGACUGUCAAAGUUCCUUCUCGCUCUGUAACUAUUUACAAUUAUACUUGUUCAUAAAUUCAUCCACCAGGAAGUGACCGACUUCGUCUUCCUUUUACCACAACCACUGCCGCCCUGCUCUCAUGACCUCCAAGAAUUCAUGCCAAUCAGAACUCCCGCAAACUGGCUCGCUAUUCCGCCUCGACCAAACUCUCCUCACGAAACCGAAUCCUCGUCCGGAGUUCUGCUGCACAGCCCCCGAAACGAUUCCGCCGAAAUUUUCGGGCGCAAACUCCAGCUUAUCUGCCCGAAACUGGGCCCUC